GUUACAGAUUGCCUGCUCGUACUCGCCCUGCUAGCGAACGGAAGUUUCGCCCAACAGCAGUACUUCCGCGUCCAGCCGAGGGACGUGAAGGUGCAGGAGGGCGGUGAGGCGAUGCUGGAAUGCGAAGUUGGAAACUUAGGUGGACAAGUUCAGUGGACCAAAGAUGGAUUCGCUUUGGGCUUCUCAUCGGUUAUAGCGGGAUUCCCAAGGUAUUCCGUUAUCGGCGACCGACGUCACGGCGUCUACAACCUAAGGGUUAACAACGCGUCCCUCGAUGACGACGCCGAGUAUCAGUGCCAAGUGGGACCUUCUCGCUUUCAUAAAGCCAUCAGGGCGAACGCCCGUCUCAUUGUUAUAUCACCUCCUUCUUCGAUAGAAAUACUGGACCAUCCAGCAAAUUCCAAAAUUGAGAUAAGGGAGAACCAAGAAUUCCACCUGGAGUGUCGAGUUAAAAACGCGAAACCGGCCGCCAAAAUCGUCUGGUACCGCGGAAAUAUCGAGCUCAAUAUCCCUAAUCGCGAAGAUCAAACGAUCGAGGUGGUCUCGAAGUCCGGUAAUAAAAAGGCGGUCAGAUUCGAUACCAACUCGCGAAUAUCGCUGAAGCCGACGGCCGAAGACGAUUACGCCGAGUACACGUGCGAGGCGCGGCACGAGGGACUUUCGCUCGAUCUGCCGAUGCGUACGACGGUACAUCUGAGCGUUUUAUAUCCGCCCGGUCCGCCGUAUAUCGAGGGCUACACGGAGGGCGAGACGAUUAGGCGAGGGCAGACGGUUGAGCUCGUCUGUAAGAGUAGAGGGGGAAAUCCUCCGGCGCAGCUGAUUUGGUACAAGAACGGCGAGCAAAUACGAAUGGCGUACCGAACGGCCGGUCGAGUAUCUGAGAACGUUUACACAUUUACAGCGGAUGCAAGCGAUGACAAGGCGAGAUACAAAUGUGAGGCUAGUAACGUGAUGUCUUCCAAGCCGCUCAAAGCUCAGGUCGAUUUAACGGUUUACUUCUCGCCGGCUCACGUCACCAUAUCCGGUCCUACCGAAGCAAGAGUGGGAGAUCCGGUACCGCUAACUUGCUCGACAGCCAAUAGCAAUCCUGCAGCCGACAUCAAGUGGAUGGUCGCCGGUCGACAGGUCAGAAAUGCCACCUCACGUACCAUGGUUUCGCCCGAAGGCGGGUGGAUCACCACCUCGAACAUCACUGCAAUAGUCGAACCCAACAGGAAAAGCCUGGUCGUCAUCUGUCACGGUCUAAACAUGCAACUGACCGAGAACGUGGUGUCUACUCACACGAUUAACGUCUUAUAUCCACCGAGCCAACCCUUCAUACACGGGUACACCAAGGGAACGAACAUUCCAGCCGGCACCACCCAAAAGAUCUCCUGCACGUCAUCCGGCGGCAACCCUCUGGCGACGAUAACGUGGUACAAAAACGACAAAAAGAUAAACUCCAAAGUGAAGACGACGGACAAAUCAGUUACGGCCGAGGUCGAGAUCCUCACCAACGUCACCGACAACGACGCCCGUUACCGAUGCGAGGCUGCGAAUUCCGCGACAGAAAUACCGCUUUUCGAAACAAUCACAAUGAGCGUCUACUUUCCACCCGAACAUGUUAAGAUCCGCAGGGAGCCGCCCGAGUUGAAACCGGGAAUCGAGGCGACCCUAAUCUGCGAUUCGAGCUCGAGCAACCCUCCGGCGCGGCUUUCUUGGUGGCGAGAGGGAAUUCCAGUCGACGGCCUUUACAACACCUCCAAGGCGGGUUUGCACGGAGGAAAAGUCUCCACGAUCGAGAUGAAGCUGAACGUAAGCGAGCAGCUCAACGGCAUCGUCUACACGUGCCAGGCCACCAACGAAGCGCUACAGCAGUCCGUGCACGACGCCAUCACCCUCAAAGUUCUUUAUAAGCCCAUGUUUGAUAAGACUAACGAGGAGUCCGUGACCGGCAUCGAAAACGAGCCUCUGAUCAUCUCGCUCAAAGCCGACGGCAAUCCCGGGAACAUCGCGUACACCUGGACCAAGGAUGGUUUACCCAUCGCCCAGGCCUCGACCGGUACGGGACUGGAGCGGAUUAUUUCCGACGGCUCCGUCCUCAAUAUCACCAAGCUGAGUCGCCACGACGGAGGAACGUACACCUGCGAGGCUUUAAAUUCGCAAGGCAGCUCAGUGAUGAACCUCAACAUUAGCGUCGAAUAUUCCGCCACGAUCACCUCGAUCAGCGAAAACGUCAUCGCGAACUCGCAGGAGGACGCGACCCUCUCCUGUUCGGUCGACGGGAACCCAUUGCGCGACGAUUCGAUCGUGUGGCGACGGAGCGACUUUCCCGAUUUCGACGCCCGCACGUCGAUUAUGUACGACAAAAAUGGCACUUCGUACCUGAGGAUAACGGCGGUUACUCGAGAGGAUUUGGGUCACUUUCAGUGCGUUGCUAAUAAUGGCAUUGGAAAUGCGACUGUUCGUGACGUCCUGCUGAUUGUUAAACAUAAACCGGAAAUAGAUCAAUCACCGUCCCUUAUGAAGUUCGCGAGCGACGCCGGCGAUACCGGCCGCUUGACUUGCAGAAGUCAAUCGUCACCGUUGGCCCGCUACUCCUGGGCGCGUUCCGGUAGCCCGCUACGCACGAACACGACAGGGAAAUACUACGUCACGUAUCGGCAGAUAGACAGCAUGGUCUCCGAAUCGGUCCUCCUGAUAACCCACGUGACUUCGGCAGAUUAUGGGAACUACGAAUGCGUCGCGAAGAACGAGCUGGGUUUCGCGACGGUGUCGCCCAGGCUGGAAGUGACCUCGGCACCGGACGCUCCCAGCAUUCUCUCGAUCGUGAACGUCACCCACAACUCCGUCGUGGUUUCUUGGGUGCCCGGUUUUGACGGUGGCAUGAAGGCUAGCUACCAGAUACGCUACCGGACUCUGGAUACCGACCGUUAUAAGUACGAAGACAUCCUGUCGAACUCGACCCAGUUUACCAUCGGCAAGCUGGAGCCGGACACGGCAUACGUCUUCUCCAUCAUGGCCUCCAACAAGCUGGGGAGCAGCAAGUAUCUUCCAGACAUUACGAUGGCGCGCACUACAAAUCAAAUACCUCCGCAUUACACCUCUCCAAGUUCCGACGAGCGCGGCUUCAAAGACUUCCCCGGACUGCUUAUAAUAAUUGGGACUAUUGUAGCGACCGCUUUAAUUGUAUCGAAUGUCUUAGUAAUCGGCUGUUGCUUGCAUAGAAGAUCAAAAAAGAGAAUUGCAGAACAAGCGAACCAGACGAGUAAAUCUGCUACCAUUGAAAUGUACGCCCCGAAUAGCUACAAUGACACUGUGACCGGUGAGACUUUAUCGUCCGUUAGUGAGAGGAGUGAGACUUACAGUAACGAAGGCAGUAACGUUGAUUAUGUGGAUGAGGGCCGCAAGCAAGCCGCUAGCACCUACCUAAUGGAUGUACAGGACCAACCCUCCCCUUACACUGGUUUCACCAGGUUCGAAAUGCAGUUGCAGCCGAACAUGGUCCACAAAACCCACACGCUUCCGCAUCCUCACCAUCACCAACACAUGCACGAGAGGCCGCGCGCUAGAGAUGAUCAAAGUCUGGCCUACCCACCGGGAAGCAUGUCAGCGAAAUCAUCGUACAUCAGCGCGCCAUCACCAGCGCCGCCUGCCGACGGUUCCUAUUACAACAUGUCGGAUCGCUACCUUUCGUACCCUCCGCCUUUGGACUUCCAAAAUCCGCCACCGAUACCGAUGCACCCUCACCUGACGCACACCCACACGCCGUCCCCGCCGCCCUUGCCGGCGAACGGCUCCCUCGUCCGCCACCAGCGCGUAGCCGUCCCGCCCGACGUUCUUCACAACACAAAUCAAAACAUGCAGAUACUCCAAGCUCAAACGUUAAAUCAAAAGAAGGAGCUGAGCAGUUUCGGUAACGGUUACGGUGUGAGCGAGCAGGAGGGACAUCUUGUCUGAGACAUGGAGGACAUCCUCUACGUCUUAUAAGUGUAGAAGUGCAAACAUCGAACGUGAUAUUUUUCCUUUUUGUGUUUCAUUAACGAAUCAAAAAUACUCGUUGUUAUUGUGAUUUAAACUUAGACAGAUGCAAUACGUACGGACGGACUGAAUUAAAACAGUGCAUCACUGUGAAAUUAUACAAGAUUGAGACUAUUUUAAUAUUUAAAUAAUGUUGACAGUUGUUAAAUGUCGUUAUAUAGUUGUUAAGUUGUCGGGCCGCUUUACGAAUUUGGCUCCCACCACUAAAUUAUUGAGGGUACAUUUUAGAGAAUAUUUUUGUAAUUUUUCCGUUUUUAUUUUUAUACUUUUGCAGAUUGUUUAGUGCGAGUGAGCGAUCGGAUUUUCCACGAAUUUGUGAUCUUGUAGAUAUAAUUUUCGCGCGUUCUUUGUUACUGUUACAGUUUUUUGUACCUAAUUAUAAGAACCUCCGAUUACAAACUUAGGGACCUAUUAUUGUUUAAGUUCACUUAAGUUAUUAAUAUGAUUAAUGUUUGUAUAUCUUACUAGUCCAAAUGACAACCAAAGUUAAUUUUCGCUGUAUUUGCUUUCUUAGUUUCUUUUUUUGUAUAUAGGUUUCGUUUUCUUUAUGUACAUAAAGUGUAUUUUAAUUUUUUUUUUAAAUAAUAAAUUUUGAUUUAUUUUUCUCAUUUUUCUUUACCGCUCCAUUUUCCAGAGUUUUAACGGAACAAUAGGGUACUACGAGAAUUUGAAAAAAAAGCCUCGCGCGUGCGGUAAACAAUUUUCAAGUUGUAGCUAAGUGUAGAUAAAGAAACAAUCAUCUUUAGAUCCUUCUAGUUGUAUUUGUCGAACAACCCGAGCUUAUAUACAUUUAAUGUUAAGUUAACGAAGAUAAAUAAAUUAAUGUACAUAUGUAACAUAAAUAAUUAUGAAACUCAAACCUUCCAGUUUUGCCAAUGUAAUAAUAAUAAUAAUUAUUAGAUGUGUAAAGUGCCUUUUAAUUCAUACAAUCUGCCAUUGUAUUUAAAAUAGUCUAGAGUUUAUAUAAUUGAUUUUGUUCUUAAUUACGCUCCAUUUUUCAUAACCGUGAUUAUUAUAAUGUGUGUCAGAUUUCCUAGAUAAUGCAUUCAUUCUAUUUGUUAGGGGGGGAGGAGGGCGAACGAAUUUCCUUUUGUUGUAAGAGUAUGAAUGCUGAAUGUGCAUUAUUAUUGGUUUAUCCAGUCAAUAUAGCAUGUAUGUCAGUUCAUCUCGUACUUGUAUAUUGUUAAGUCUUAUGACAAUUAAAUGCUCACAUACUUUAA